CGCAGCAUCAUCACAGGGGCAACAAAGGGACGCAUGGUUCAUCCAAGGCAUCAAAUAAAUAAAUGAUUAAUUGAGACAAGUUCUGCUUGAAGAAAAACCUGUUAUUGCGUCUGUCCUCACCUAAAAGGGUGUAAUCGCACUGCACAGUCAUGGAGCUGGAACACUUUGAUGAGCGGGACAAGGCUCAGAGAUAUACCCGAAGGGGCUCAAGAGGCAAUGGGCUCCCCAGUCCAACUCAUAGUGCUCACUGCAGCCUGUACAGAACCAGGACACUGCAAGCACUCACCUCCGAAAAGAAGGCCAAGAAGAUUCGGUUCUACCGCAACGGGGACCGCUACUUCAAAGGGAUUGUGUAUGCCAUUUCUCAGGAUAGAUUUAGGUCCAUCGAAGCACUCCUGGCUGACCUCACAAGAUGUCUCUCAGAUAAUGUCAACUUGCCACAAGGGGUGCGGACCAUAUAUACCAUUGAUGGGAUAACAAGGAUCACCAGCAUGGACCAGUUGUUGGAAGGGGAAAGCUACGUGUGUGCAUCCAUAGAACCCUACAAGAAGCUGGACUACACAAAGAAUGUAAAUCCCAACUGGGCAGUUGGUGCUAGGACUGCUGUAUCCAUCCGUGACCCUUCUUCCCUUGGUAGUGCCAAGACUGGAUCCCCAGAAACCAGGGAGAGCAAGGACUUUAUUAGACCCAAACUGGUAACCAUUGUCCGCAGUGGAGUAAAGCCCCGCAAGGCCGUACGGAUCUUGCUCAACAAGAAGACUGCACACUCCUUUGACCAAGUCAUGACUGACAUCACAGACGCCAUCAAGCUGGACUCGGGAGUCGUCAAAAAGCUAUAUACUGUUGACGGCAAGAUGGUGACCUGCCUUCAGGACUUUUUUGGGGACGAUGAUAUAUUCUUUGCCUGUGGCCCGGAAAAGUUCCGUUACCAGGAUGACUUCAACUUGGAUGAGACUGAGUGCAGAGUGACUAAGUCUUCAUCAUAUAGCCGGCUCCCCUCCAUACUUGGUCUCUCUUCCCCAAGAGCUGCUGGGAUUUCCCGCAGGAGCAAGUCUCCCUCAUCCGCCAGUUCAGCUAAUGGCACUGCAGGCAGUCAGCUGUCCACGCCUCGAUCUGGGAAGUCUUCAAGCCCUUCUCCAACCAGUCCAGCAAGCCUCCGAAGACGACGGGGAUCUCACCACAGUGGCUCUUCACUCUCUUUAGCUUCUACCAAGGUUUGCAGCUCAAUGGAUGAAGGAGAUGGGCCUGGCAGUGAAGCUGAGCCAGUGGAUGAAAUCCCCUCAGUCCCUGCAUCCAUAGCAGAGAGGUACAAAGUGGGAAGAACUUUAGGGGAUGGAAACUUUGCUGUGGUACGAGAGUGUGUGGAGAGAUCCACUGGAAGAGAGUAUGCUCUGAAGAUCAUCAGCAAAGAUAAAUGCAGGGGAAAGGAACACAUGAUCCAGAGUGAGGUGUCGAUCCUUCGGCGUGUGAAGCAUCCCAACAUCGUACUUUUAAUUGAGGAAAUGGACACCUAUAGCGAGCUCUAUCUUGUAAUGGAGUUGGUCAAGGGGGGCGAUCUCUUUGAUGCAAUCACCUCCUCAAACAAAUACACAGAGCGAGAUGCCAGCUGUAUGCUGUUCAAUCUGGCAAGUGCCAUCAAGUACCUGCACAGCCUCAAUAUUGUCCACAGAGAUAUAAAACCAGAAAACCUAUUGGUAUUUGAACACCACGAUGGCAGUAAGUCUCUGAAGCUAGGUGAUUUUGGCUUGGCUACUGUCGUCAAUGGGCCCCUCUAUACUGUGUGUGGCACACCCACCUAUGUAGCACCAGAGAUUGUGGCUGAGACCGGGUAUGGCCUCAAGGUUGACAUUUGGGCAGCUGGUGUCAUCACUUACAUACUGUUGUGUGGCUUCCCGCCUUUCCGUGGCAGUGAAGAUCAGGAGGCUCUCUUUGAACAGCUUUUGAAGGGCCGGCUUGAUUUCCCUGCACCAUACUGGGACAAUGUGUCUGACACUGCCAAGGCUCUGAUCACUGGGAUGCUGCAGGUAGAGGUGGAUCAGAGAUACACGGCUGUACAGGUGCUCGAUCAUCGCUGGGUCAAUGAUGAUGGUGUGUCAGAGAACGAGCACCAGCUGCCUGUGGCAGGGAAGAUCAAGAAACACUUCAACACUGGGCCCAAGCUUAGCAGCACCACAGCAGGAGUGUCAGUCAUCACAACCACGCCACUUGAUAAAGAGAAGCAAGUUCUCCGACGAAGACGCCACCAGGAUGUGAAGCUUACUCCACACCUUCCACAUAAUUUUGGUGCCGCCUCCUCCCGCAGUGCCAACCCUGGCCUCUCUGCCACUGAGUUCACCUCUGAGUCUGAAGACUAUUCCCAUAGUUCGGCUGACACUGUCCGUUCACCCAUCUCUCCGUUCUAACAGCCUCACAGCAUCAGGCAACAGCACCAUCCACCCCUCUAAUGAAAAGUGGAAGAGGGUGAAGUGCAAAACUGAAAGACCCAACAUUGGGUCCAGUCUCCUGACUUGAACUUCCAGAGCAUGCAACAAUUUUUAAUUUAUAGUCCUCUUUAUUUAUUUUUUUCUUCAAGAAAGUCACUGAGCUGUUAAAGCCUUAUUUCUUCACAGCAAACACUGGUCCAUUGUAGUACUCUAGAGCCCUCUACUGGUGUAUAUUAUAUACUGCAGGAGAGAAGCACUUCGCUGUUUAAUGAAAAAUGUAAAUGCAAAACGUUGAAACAUAACUUUCUAAAUAUGAAAAUGUAUGAUAUGACAGUGCAUAUCACUUAUCAUCUCAAUAAGUGCUUGUUUAAAAAUAACUCAAUACAACAAUAAGGGUGAAGUCUGCGUUUCUAAUCCAAUACACUUUUUUUUCAAAAUUCAGCAAAUAUCUCCUCACGGUUUGCAAGGUGUCCAUUAUCUGUAUGCGGUGGACGAAAAAAAAUCCAAUUCAUACACAGGUUUGGGGUCUGUACCAUGAAGCAAGUUCAACAGAGCCAGGGUUUCUUUGUAUGAGCUGACUCGACGAAGUCUGAAGCCCCAAUCAGAGAUAACGGGUACCAGGACGGUGGUUAUCAACUUUUUUGUUAAUUCAGGCUUUCUUCUUAACACAGCAUAUUCUCAAAAAAGGGGGCUUUUGGAGCAUCAUUUGACUCUACUACCGGAAAAAACUAUCACAUCCUGCUUGCUUCUGUAAAGAAUAUGGAAAAUAGCAUAGCAAAAACAAUACUGUUCUGUUAUUCCAGCUGUAUAUUUAAAUUUAUUCUAUCACUGCAUAAGCUCUCAAUGACUACCGCUUAUUUCUAAUGUAACACCAAAGUGGUAACACUUUAAACUGACACUGUCCCACAAUAACGAAUACAUGAACAUUUUAUUUUGGGCCACUUAAAAAAACCCAUUUUAGGCGUAUUAUCUUUGAUAAAACCAAUAAACAUUUUCUAAUAGGGAUUCUAUUAGCUGUAUCAAAGCAGUUUAAAACGAACAUUGGAAAAUCACGACCAAGCAUAAAAAUACAUCACAUUAUGGUUUAAAGGAAUUAUAUUGCAUUUUACAUGCAAAUAAACGUCAUGGCCUACAGAAAAUACUAAUAAUAUUAUAGUGAACUAUUAAUGCAUGCUACCUGAUUUUAUAGGCUCAUUGUAUUUUAGUCUUUAGUUCAGAAUGUUGGCAAAUACCAAGAGAACUCUACACAUUUAUUCAGCAGUUCAGUGAGGGGAAAUAGCCAAAGAAGUUAAGUGAAAUGCACUUUAUAGCCGAUUUCAAGCUGAAAAUUAGAACAAAAGCUGUCUUCGACCCUGUUAGCUGUGCAGCAUAAGUUACCAUCGCGUUCUAGCCAGGUUAAAAAACUCUGGUUUUAGAUUCAGCAUACUUCACUAAUCUCGCUUUGUGGUACAGCUCUCUGACUCUGUAAAUGGAAAACAAAAGAAAUGGCUCAGACCAAGCCACACAACACUAUUUCAUUCAUGCUCGUGCACAGGACAGGGCAAAGGCCAUGGAUGUAUAAAGAGAAAGGCAUGGGGGUCGAUAAACCUGGCCCAUGCUAACAUUUUAAAGGAGCACUGAUGGGAAGGGUAUAUUUGUUUGGCUGUUGAGUUGAAAUAUCAAUAAUCUUUCUGUAGAAUCACAGACUUCACUUUAACAGUAACGGGCACCUUUCUGCUGUACUCUGUGCUGUGGUACUUUAGUCCUCUUAAACAGUGUGUCUAAGGUUUAAGCACCAGAACCUUAAGACACUUAAGACGGUCUGUACCAUAAGCAUUAUCUGUACUGAUCGGAUUUAUUGGUGUAGGACAAAUAUUUUCCUGCUAACCAGUAGCAUGGCUCUUUCAGAGAAUUGAGCAUGCAAGUGUAUGUCUGUUGAUGGUCCAGCUCACAUGGGUGCUUGAGGAUGAUUAUUGAAACAGUAGAUUUGUUACGUGUCUGUUAGAGUGGUUGUAAUUCAGUGUUGCUACAGAUGAAUGUCAGUACUGUGUAGUUGGUAGUAAGUGCAUGUUUAAAGCCUUGCUUUGGCACAUAUGAAUCUUAAGUGCAAUUAGGUAUUCUGCCCAAUGAGCACAGUAUCAAAUUUGUCCUAAGAAAUGCUGGAAUCAGUGAGAAUGGAUCUGUAGCCAGUAUUUUUGGCAGUCAACUGACACACGUCUUAAGCAAAUGGGGUGAUUAGCUCUUGUGCAACAUGUUUUUUUUUCUUUUAACACACUGAAAAAGAAACAAGUUAAAAGUUGGCAAACACAACAGUGCUUCCAGUAAAAUACAUUAUUUUUAUUCUGUUAAGUCAGGACUUUUGUUGGCCUUGAAUACUCCGAUCAUACAUCACUAAAAAGUCUGGCUCACUGUUUGUUCUCUGACCACUUUAUACAUUGGUUAACAUGAGACAAAAUAUUCAUGGAUUUUCCUGUUUCCUUCAUCUGAGACUUUAAUCUGCAUGUCUGCUAAUAUGCAUCCGAAAUCAGUUGUUCUGGUCUUCUACUGUUUGAUAUAUACGCCUGUCCGAUAUGAAACCAUUUCUGUUGUCAUUGUAUGUGCUGUCUUAGUGAAUACAGUUCAGUUAAGGCAGACUAUAAUCAUACCACAGCUAAGUUAAGACUUGUAUAUACAUAUUUUAACAGAAAUGAAAUAUCAACCCACCGACUUUGUUGUUAAAGGGCUUUUAAGUUUUUGAUUUGAAGGGAAUGAACGGAAAAGCACAAGGAAAGCAAGUUCUGAUAUGAUGUGACUUUUUGUGAGUGAGUAUGCUUUCGAGACUGACUUUCAUCUGAAAAACAUGUAAUGUUUAUAUACAAUAUGUCAAAAUGGUACUCAAAGACAACUGGGAAUGUCCGUAAUAGUGGAAGAAUGUGAAUGCUGUAUUAUAUUCCUCCAUAUUCCAUUAAUGUAAGGACGUUAUAAAAUGAUCUAAAUGAGAACCAAAACCAGUGCUUCUCCUUUUCAAUUCAUGAAGAAAAAAAAAUCUGUUAUGGUAAAAAAGCAUACUUCAACCAAUGUACUCUGCAAAGAAGCCAAGUCUUGCAAUAAAAGGAUUCGAUUAA